GGGCGCUGUGCGAUAAACAUCUAGAACGGGUAACCACCACGUCCAGGGUAGUCGUCGAUCGUCUUCAACAUUGUGAAGAAAAAUCCUUUUGGGUAUCCAGGAAACGUCAUCAUAUUAUUGAGUUCUUCAGUAGCCUUCUCGUUUGUAUCCAACACUGUGCCUCACCAGCUGACCCCGCCCUCCUUGUGAUGUCAGAGGUCACAUGACAUGUGAAGGAUGCCCCAUUGGACGGUGCACUUGGACGGCGGACCGCGGCGAGUGAACCAUGCGGCCGCGCUGGUCGGCAGCCAGAUCUAUCUGUUUGGUGGAUACUGCACUGGUGGUGAUUACCAUGCCUUGAUCCCCAUCGAUGUCUAUGUAUUAGAUACCGUCUUGUUAAGAUGGAAGAAGUUGCCAUGUGCCAGCAAGGAAGAAAUCACCAAGUGUGUCCCGUACCUACGCUAUGGCCACUCUGUCGUCAACUAUGAAGGGACAAUCUACCUGUGGGGUGGACGGAAUGACAACCACGGCGCAUGCAAUAAUGUAUUCAGCUAUGAUACACAGACUUUGAAGUGGUCCAGACCACACACUAAAGGUGAUAAGCCCGGCGGGCGAGACGGCCACUCGGCGUGCCUGAUAGGGGACCUCAUGUACAUCUUCGGUGGCUUCGAAGACGGAAUGAUGCAGUGCUAUGCUAACACAGUGUACAGCCUGGACUUGACUCUCAUGGUCUGGACAUACGUCAUGGCUAAGGGUGAGAUUCCCCAUUGGAGAGACUUCCACACGGCCACCGCCCACCGCCACCAGAUGAUCGUGUUUGGAGGCCGUGCCGACAAGUCCGGCCCUCACUACACCAACCAGGAGUUCUACUGCAACAAGCUGCAAGUGUUUGACACCCAGACCAAAGUCUGGAGCUCCCCGCCCACAACCGGAGACGUCCCCAUUGGCAGGAGAAGUCACUCUGCUUUCAUCUACAGGGGCAACUUGUACAUAUUUGGCGGCUACAAUGACCUCAUCAAAACACACUUCAACGACCUAUACCGACUUGACCUCAGCAACUACGAGUGGUCAAAGGUCACGACCUUUGGCGAGACGCCUUGUAACCGGCGGCGGCAAUGUUGCAUUGUGGUUCAGGACCAGGUCAUCUUGUUUGGCGGAACAAGUCCUAAAGCUAAAACCAUCCCUGGAGGCUCUGAUGAUGUGAACCUGAUGGACUUGGCUGACCUUCACAUUCUGGACUUUGCCCCUACCCUGAAGACUCUGUGCAAAGUAGCUGCGGUCCGGUACCAGCUGGAUACUACCUGCUUGCCGCUGGACAUCAGGUGGGAGCUGAAAUCAAUGACGACCAACAGCAACAUCAGUCAGCCCCUAGAGAUGGCCCAGGGCUGAUGGGGAAGUUUGCUCAAACUCACUGCCCUUUCCGUGGGCGCUGGUGGCAGACUCGUAUGUGAGUCCUCAAACCUCGACUCCUAGUCUUCAGUGUCAAGUCUGAGUCAUUUGGGAUCGAUUCCAAACCUUUGUCAGAAGUCUUGAAUGCUGAGUCCUAGUCCGAGUCACACGUCACUCUAAUGAAAAAAAUAAUAUAGAAAACCUGACAUUAAAGGCAUAUGUUAUAAUUUGCAUUUUUUCCAAAAGUAACCAAAUUAUUAUCAAAAUGCAAACUUGGAUUAAAGAACAUACUGGUACUAAACACCCCGUGAAAUUAUGAAAUGGCUUGCUGUCGUGAAGAAGAAGUAAAGAAAUGUAGCUGAUUUGCAACGAUCAGUCAAUUGACUGAUUUUUGGAAUAACAGUGCUGUCGACAAAAUCAUGUUUCGUGAUCACAAGGUUGUGCAUGGUUUCUCACUGUUUUCUCGAAAGGUGUACUAGCCAC